AUGAACAAAAUACAACCAAAAACAAGUGUAAAAAUGAAUUGCCCAUUUAAUGAAGAGCAGUUAACUCAACUGAAGGCCUUCGUAGAGCUUUGCAAGAAUCAACCUAUGAUACUGCAUCAUCCUAAAUUAUCUUUCUUCAAAGAUUAUUUGGUUUCACUCGGCGUUACGCUCCCCACCGCUACUUACAAUACCAAAAAUUUUACCGCUUCCGGCGAUAGUAAUGCUGGUGCUAAAGUUGAAGAGGAAGUUCCUGCAGAGGAGGAGGAGGAAGAUAUUGAAUCUGACGUAGAACUUGAUAUGGAAGGAGUAAUAACUGAUUCAACUCCAGCUGAUCAGGAAAUGGGUGAUGAGACAAAGGAAGUCUCCGAUGAAGAUCGGGACCUCUCUGAUGAAAAGAGAUCGGAAGCCAUGCGUGCCUUCUCAGAACAAAAAUAUGAUGAAGCUAUUCAGAUAUAUACUGAGGCAAUUAAACUUAACCCACAAAGUGCACUUCUUUUCGCCAAAAGGGGUCAGGUUUUCCUAAAGCAGAACAGACUGCAUGCCUGUAUCAAGGAUUGCUCACGAGCUCUGGAACUGAACUGUGAUAGUGUAGCUGGAUAUAAAUUCCGUGGCCGCGCCUACAGGCUGCUUGGAAAGUUCGAGGAGGCCGCUCAUGAUCUGUGCGAGUCACUCAAAAUUGAUUACGACGACCAAACAAACGAAUGGCUGAAUGAGGUUAAGCCGAACGCUGAUAAAAUACGCCAGCAUAAUAUCAAUGUGCAACGUCAUAGGGAGGAAAAGGAGCGUCGCGAGAAAUUAAACCGAGCCCGCAAAGCGCAAAAAGCAAACGCUGAAGCUGCCGAGGAACAAGCAUUUUCACAAGGAUUUCCCAAGUUCAUGGGGAAAAUAGAUCUUGAGCAACUUCUAAAGGAUCCGGAAUUGUUGGCUGCCUCUCAGGAUCUGGAAAUAUUAAUGGCUCUGCAAGACAUUUCAUCCAAUCCAAUCAACUUUUUGAAGUAUCAGAACAAUCCUAAAAUUGCUGCUGCAUUGGAACUGUUUGCUAGGAAAUACAAGUGUGAAUCUGGUGCUACUCCGGAACCACAAGCUGAUACUAAACCGAAGCCGGCAAACAAGACGCCCGAUGACGAUGUAGGCUUGGACUAA